AUGGUGGUGAUGGUGGUCGGCCUUGGCUCAGUGGCAGGAGGAGGUGCAGCCGGCUACGCCCAAGUGAAGUACAUGCAGCCCAUGGUGAAGGGACCCCUGGGACCCCCCUUCCGCGAAGGCAAAGGACAGUACCUGGACAUGCCACCGCUGCUGCCCAUGGACCUCAAAGGGGAACCAGGACCCCCAGGGAAGCCCGGCCCGCGUGGACCCCCUGGGCCCCCCGGCUACCCAGGAAAGCCGGGCACGGGGAAGCCAGGAAUGCACGGCCAGCCCGGGCCAGCUGGGCCCCCCGUCUUCUCGGGUAUCGGGAAACCCGGCAUCCCCGGACUCCCCGGAAAGGCGGGUAUGAAAGGGAUGCCCGGAGCCAAGGGCGAGCCCGGCAUGCGAGGAGAGCAAGGGCCAAGAGGACUGCCUGGCCCCCCGGGGCUGCCG